ACACAAACUGCAUUUUUUCAUCAUGGGGAUUUCCAGAGGAAGUAAGACCAAAGGGGCUUUCCAGCGACUGAGAACCGACAUCAACAGCACGGGGAUGCGGCGGCGUCUCUAGUGCCAAAAUGAUUUUUUCGUAUAUAUUUAUGCAGUAUUUGAUCUACGCGCAAAUUCUACGAUGUCUCCGAUAAAACGAUUAGCCGUAGUCGUGUCUUUUAGUACACAUGCCCGUUGCUAGAUGUGCGAUCUGACCAUUUAUCCAGCCUUCGCAUGUGAAUGUGAAUGCCAUUUGCCGAAGCUGAGUCUACCAAGAUCUCUAAGAAAAUCGCUGUUGUUGGAUCGAACGACGUUAAGGAUCUAAUACAUGUCAUGUCCUCGGGGCGGAAUGUGGAGAUGCGGGAGGUCCAGAUCCCCCUGCAGCAGCGGGCCCCCUCUCUGGCCAACCCCUCCCUGGCCCAGCGGCCCUGGACGGAGCCCGGCUUCCAGCCCGUGCAGGGGGGUUUCCGGGACCGCUUCGUUGUGUCGCCGGAGCCCAAGUACUGCUGCGAGGCCUGCCGUCUGGUGCUGUGCAACCCCAGGCAGACCGAGUGCGGGCACCGCUUCUGCGAGACCUGCAUCGCCGACCUACUCAGUAAACCACACCCGGUAUGCCCAGCGGACAUGGAGCCGCUGUUUGAGGACAAGAUAUUCCGGGACGUCUGCUGCAACAGGGAGAUCAUGGCUCUGAAGGUCUACUGCAGGAGUGAGAAAAAUGGCUGCAAGGAGCAGAUGAGUCUGCAGCAGGUCAUGGACCACCUGAACGUGUGCCCGUACUUCGAGGUGCCCUGCCCCCUGGGGAAGUGCAAGGAGAGGAUGAUGAGGAAGGACAUGCCGGAGCACCUGAGCUGGAAGUGCAAGCACAGAGAGACGACCUGCGAGUUCUGCAAACACAAGAUGGCGCAGACGGAGCUACAGAAACACAAAGAAACCGUCUGUCCAGCAUUCCCUGUUGUCUGCCCAAAUAACUGCACUUAUUCUUCUAUUUUAAGGAGUGAGCUGCAGAGCCACCAGCAUGACUGUCCGAAGGCCCAGGUCACCUGCUCCUUUGUGCGUUACGGAUGCUCCUUCAAGGGUCUGAACCAGGACAUGAAGGAGCACGAGUCCAGCUUCUUGUCCGAGCACCUGAGACUGAUGGCAGCAAGGAACACCACUCUGGAGGCCAAGGUGGAGGACGUGAAGGGGGAGGUGCAGGAGCGCUACAAGGUCCUGCCGGGCCUCAACGCGCGGCUCAUGGAGGUCGAGUCCCGGCAGGAGGAGAUGCGGGAGAAGUGCCGGCAGGUGGAGCAGAAGCUGGCGAGUAUGCAGAAGCUAAUGAGCUCGCACUCGGAGAAGCUCCUGGAGGUGGAGUUGGAGCUGCGGGCGCUGCGGGCGGCGCGGGAGGAGGUGGAGGUGCUGCGGGGAGCCGUGGAGAACAUCCGCUCCCGCGUGACGGCGCUGGAGGGCGGGCGAGGGACCGUAAACGCCGGCACACACACGCUCGGAACCCUGGAGACGCAGCUCUCUCGCCACGACGACAUGCUGAGUGUCCACGAGAUCCGGCUGGCCGACAUGGACCUGCGCUUCCAGGUGCUGGAGACGGCCAGCUUCAACGGCACGCUAAUCUGGAAGAUCCGGGACUACAAGCGGCGGAAACAGGAGGCCGUGGCCUCCAAGACCCUCUCGCUCUACAGCCAGCCCUUCUACACCGGCUACUUCGGCUACAAGAUGUGCGCGCGAGUGUACCUGAACGGCGACGGCAUGGGCAAGGGCACGCACCUGUCGCUGUUCUUCGUGGUGAUGCGCGGCGAGUACGACGCCCUGCUCACCUGGCCAUUCAAGCAGAAGGUGACGCUCAUGCUCAUGGACCAGGGCCCCGCCCGCAAACACCUGGGCGACGCCUUCAAGCCCGACCCCAACAGCAGCAGCUUCCGGCGGCCCGUGGCGGACAUGAACAUCGCCUCCGGGUGCCCGCUCUUCGUGGCACAGACCGUGCUGGAGAACGGCACCUACAUCAAGGACGACACCAUCUUCAUCAAGGUGACCGUGGACACCUCGGACCUGCCCGACCCCUGACCCCACCGCCCCCGGCCCCCCCGCGGCCGGCGGCUGUCGGGUGCAGUCGACACGAUAGUGGAAACAGAGCUCAGGGUACCUGUGAAGAGAGUGAGUGAGCGCAUGAG